AUGGUUUGUAUCUCUUCGUACUUUGAUAUGUUAUUUUCUGGGCACACAAUUCUUAUCUUUCAAAAGUCAGUCAACCCUAACAGUCGAGCUUGGACGGAGUAUGAUAAUGUCGCUAUGGCUCUCGAAGCAAUAGUUUCCAUGUUUGAGAAACAACUUAUCGAAACGAAUCCAUGUCUUUCUUGCAUUAAUUACCAAGUUAGCGAUCUCAUCAGCUUUAUUAGUCAAUGUAAAGAGUUUGCGGCAUUCAUCUUUGAUUCGACAAUAAACGCGUACAUUCCAAGAGACAAGGCUUGGAUUCAAGAAAUGACAGUUUCUCAUCUGAGGAGAAAACUUGAACCUAAAAAGGUCGAUGGUCGUGUAAAUGGGACAUUUGGUGGAAAAAGGAAUCGAUACAUCUAA